AUGUCCCAUUCAUUGAAGAAGUUGGGGUCUAAAGACUCUGAGCUUGUGUGGAAGGGGUUGAGCCUGAGAGUCAAUGGCGCAGAUGGAUCGAAGAAGAUGCUUCUGAACAAUGUGUCUGGCUCUGUGGAGCCACAGACAAUGACUGGGCUGAUGGGACCAAGCGGUGCAGGAAAGACUACACUUAUGAACUCACUUGCAGGGAGGUUUCUACCGAACAUGAACCUGAGUGGAACGAUUCUUCUCAACUCUCAGCUGAGAUCAGAGGAGACAUGGCCAAGAGUCAUCGGAUAUGUUGAGCAGGACUUCUAUGCAUAUCAGCAUCAAACCGUAUUUGAGACGCUUCUUUUUGCAUCAAAGAUAAAAAUGGGCGUUAAGGAGGUUGAUAAGAAGAUGAUUGACAGGAUAGAUGAAGUACUGGCAUUACUAGGACUCAAGAAUGCAAGAAAUACAUAUAUUCGGAGUCUGUCUGGUGGAGAGAAGAAGAGAGUGUCGAUUGGAGUUGAGCUUCUUGGUGACCCAUCUAUAAUAUUCUGUGACGAGCCAACUAGUGGAUUAGAUUCAUUUAAUGCAGUAAAUAUCUUAAGUCUACUGAAAGACCUGGCGAAGAUGGGCAAGACUAUUCUUGUGACCAUCCACCAACCUUCAUAUGAGAUGAUAGACUUUUUUGACAAAAUAAUUCUGAUGUCAAUGGGUAAUCUUGUAUAUGACGGAGACCUGAAGGGAUGUGUUGACUUUUUUGAUGCAUGUGGAUACAGCCUACCAAAACAAACAAACCCAGUGGAUUUUUUCUUGAACACAGUGAGCUUUGAUUCGAGAAGUACAGCGGGAGAAGAACGAAGUCUACAAACGAUCACUCACAUAAGCCAGGAGUGGAAGAAGAUCAAGAAGGAGCCUAUUCCAAAGUACCAUGGAAAAGUUGGUUCUGGAUAUGUUCCGAUUAAAACGUCGCAGAGCUUCUUUCUGUUGAUGAGCAGGAACCUGAUUGAUUACACUCGUAAUGUGGACUACUUGAAGAUCAAGGUGUUUCAGAAGAUUUUUUUUAUUGUUGUUUUUGGACUAGCUUAUCUACAGAUUGGUUAUUCUAUUGAAAGCAUAUACACAAGGCUGGGAGGAAUUACUUUUAUGCUUACAAAUGCAUUGUUUGGAGUUUGUGGGCCAAUAUUCAAUGUAUUUUCUAUGGAGAAGCGAGUGAUAUCGAGAGAGAGGAAGUCUGGGAUGUAUUCAGGCAUUGUAGCAUUCUUAGCGAAGUACAUGUCAGAAAUAGUUCUGAACUUUAUGUUUGAGAUUCCAUAUAUAACGGCGGUUUACUGGAUGAUUGGGCUGAAUAAUAAUGCAGGACGAUUCUUUAUCUUUUUAGUCAUUGUUCUAUCGCUGACGCUAUUUUCGAUAUCUUAUGGAUUGGCCAUCAGUGCAAUGGCAUCCUCGCAGAAUGUUGCACAGGUGCUUGGAUCGCUUGGCCUACUUGUGUUUCUGAUAUACAGCGGAUCUUUCAACAACCCGAAUACAAUACCUGCAUGGCUCAGAUGGAUGGUGUGGCUGUCGCCGAUGUACUAUGCAACGAAGGCGUCGUUCCAGAACCAGUUGAAUGGAGUUGUGUUUACGGGACUAGGAGGCAUUAAGGUGAGUGGAGAAAGUCAGAUUGAUCUUCGUGGACUUGGAGGCACAGGUAUAUGGACCUGUAUAUUUGUUCUAUGGGGGAUAUCGUUAUUCUGGACGGUUGUGGGAUCGAUUGCAUUACAUUAUGGCACAAGAAAUAACAUGAAGGUAAAGAUUGAUGAGGAGCCUAACAAUGAGGUGUAA